AUGAGUUCAUUUUUUAACAAGCCCUCGUGGGCCAGUACUCAAGAUGAUGGCUCAACAGCAAAUUUCUAUCAGCGUUCGCAACAUAUCUAUGCUGAUAUAGUUGCGGCCACGCAAAGAUCGCGCUCAAAAGAGACCGAUAACACCGAUGCUAUCGCGGAUAUCGAGGACGGAGGAGCCGCUAAAAAGCCUCGCAUAUCACAUUCCAAUGAAGAUGUACCAGCUUCCGAAAUCUCCGAUGGGGACAGACGCCCAAGUCCUGAAGUCGCAAGCAACAGCGACGUGGUAGAAUCUGCUCGAGACUCAUCACCAACCAACCUCAACUCCGAUGUCCUCGAAAGUGCCCCGGUACCAGAGACUGAUCGACUAUCGGAGGUGAAACCUGAUAAUUCACAUUGCUCAGAUCCGCUAUUGCUACGGAAAGAUACUGAAGGAAGUCCUGUACAGCCUCUAGGCCGUGAACACAGUACUCGCGACGAGUCUCGUGCUACUGCAGGUGCUUCUCACGGGGAGAGCGGUGAAGACCCUAUCAUACAGAUACUGAUUACAUCGAACAUCGAGAAUACGAUGCCACUUAUCGUCCGCCGCAAAAUGUCCCAGAGGCUCAGGGAUGUCCGGUUAGCGUGGUGUAAACGUCAAGGGUUCGAUAAAGACAUGACUGCAUCAGUGUUUCUGACCUGGAAAGGGAGACGGCUGUUCGAUGUCACUACGUGUAAAAGCCUUGGUAUAGGUCGUCAGAACAGAGCCAGUUCUCAAGGUCUGUGGGAUGUCAGUGAUGAGCUAGGAGAUAAGGAAGAAAGCAUGCAGAUACACGUGGAGGCUGUGACCGAUCUUCCUGUAGCGCCUUCCCGCCAACAGAUCCCGUCAGACUCGACUAAUGAGCCUAUCUCUAAAGUUGGGGUUGUAUCCGACGACAGACAAGAGAGUACUGGAGGGCUUAUCAGGAUGAUACUAAAAAGCCCAGGUUAUGGUGAGCUGAGGGCGAAAGUUACUCCAAACACCCGCAUCUCAAAUAUUAUCGCAUCAUUCCGAGAUUCACAGCACAUCUCUGCAGAGAAGCAGAUAUACUUGCUGUUUGAUGGUGAGCGGCUGAGUACUGAUUCAUGUGUCAGUGACUAUGAUAUCGCUGAUCUAGACAUGGUAGAUGUGCAGGUGAAGUGAGAUGAUACUAAUAAUGAUUUACCUGAAGUCUAGUAAUAAUAAUAUCACUAUCACUAUAUUUGGAGAUCUAGACCAAAAGCCCACUAUGUAUCUACUAUCUAUAAGCUUAGCUUCUUACCUAUGAUCUCAUUGACAGACUUUACAAACAAGCAGUGUCGUUACGAAUAAAGUAAUGACAUGCCUUAGGGCUUAGGGCUUUCCUAUUGGCUUUGGAGCCCCGCGGUGGGGGGAACCUCGGAGAUAACC